AUGGCAAACCCCCACCGUUGCGACACUGCUCCAACACCCUCACACACCUCAAUCAUGGCACAAUCUGGCGUCUCGGUCGCACCCGAGUGCAUCCAGGCCUUCAACGACCUGAAGCUCGGCAAGUCGACCAAGUGGAUCAUCUACAAAAUCUCCGACGACUGGAAGGAGAUUGUCGUCGAGGAGACGUCGUCCGACCCCGACUACUCCAAGUUCCGCGAGAAGCUUCUCGGCGCCAAGAGCAAGAACAAGAAGGGCGAGGUGGUCAUGGGUGGGCGAUACGCCGUCUUCGAUGUCGAGUACGACGCCGAUGGUGGUGAGGGCAAGCGCAGCAAGAUCACCUUUAUCUCCUGGGUGCCGGAUGAUGCGCCGCAAUACCCCCGCAUGAUGUACUCUUCCUCCAAGGAAGCUCUCAAGCGUUCCCUCAACGGUCUCGCAGCCGACGUCCAGGCCAACGACGCAGACGAUAUCGAGCACGCCAGCAUCAUCCAGAAGGUCUCCAAGGGCCGCUAG